AUUCUCUCAACAUCACUUGCUAGUCUACGAAACCAACAUCUUGUUUGGUGCUCGAGAAAAUUAUGAAGGUAAGUACACCUGGCUAGAAAAACUAAAAGUUUGAUUCAAAAAAAAAAAAAAAAAGAAAAACUAAAAGUUAGUUAAUUAUAGUUAAACACUUGUAAUAAUCAUACUUAGCAUUAAUUAUUUACUGACAAUGUUGCCGCAAAAGAUAGUGAUCAAGGUGACAACUUGUUGCGAUAAAGGCCGAAGCAAGGCCUUGAAGACAGCUGCCAUUGCAGAUGGUGUGAAUUCUGUGGCAUUGGAGGGAGAUGACAAAGAUAAGUUGGUGGUGAUCGGAGAAAGAGUAGACGCAGCGUGCUUGACCAGAGCACUUCGGAAGAAGAUAAACUAUGCAGCCAUAGAAAGUGUAGAAGAAGUGAAGCCUGGGGAGAAGAAACCUGAGGAGAAGAAGCAGGAAGGUGACAAUAAAAAGAAAGAUGAAGAUAAUACGCCAACUCCACAUUGCUGUCAACAACCUCCUCGUUGCGAAUUAGUCAGUGUGGUUUAUGAUACUAAUCCAGGAACUUGCACCAUCAUGUGAAAGUUUUUUUUUUUUUUUUUUUUUUUUUUUUUUUUUUUAAGAAUCCGCUGACUGGACUGGAGUUCCUACCUGCCCUCUAUAUUACUUGUGGUCUAGGUUUUCUGGUAGAAGACAAAUUUUAUUUUAUUAAUAAUUUUACAUGCAUUUAUGAAUUUUAGUGAAAAAAUUAUUCUCUCUCA